GCGGCUGCUGCCUUGUCCUGCAGAGCCGCGGAGGGCUGAGACAGGGGGAGGGAGUGCAAGAGACUUUCUAGUAAGUGCCCAGCACUUUUCCUGCUCGCAGGCAGCGUCUUGCGCUCCCGGGAGAUGAAGGUCUUGACUUGGUGCCGCCCUUCCCUGCCCCGCUGAGUGCCCCGCGCGCCGGCCAGCGAGUGGGGCGCACAGGGCUGUUCCCAGCCCACGCGGUGGCUGGCGGCCUCGCCUCGGGUGGGAGGAUGUGGUGAGAGGAUGGGGCGUUCUGCCGCCGGCGGCUCACCAUGGCCAGGGAGGACUCGGUGAAGUGCCUGCGCUGCCUGCUCUACGCCCUCAAUCUGCUCUUCUGGUUGAUGUCCAUCAGUGUGUUGGGUGUUUCUGCUUGGAUGAGGGACUACCUGAACAAUGUCCUCACUUUAACUGCAGAAACAAGAGUAGAAGAGGCUGUCAUUUUGACUUAUUUUCCUGUCGUCCAUCCAGUCAUGAUUGCAGUCUGCUGUUUCCUUAUCAUUGUGGGGAUGUUGGGGUACUGUGGAACAGUGAAGAGAAGCCUCUUGCUUCUUGUAUGGUAUUUUGGAAGUUUGCUUGUGAUAUUCUGUGUUGAACUGGCCUGCGGUGUUUGGACCUACGAGCAGGAAAUUACGAUCCCAGUACAAUGGUCAGAUAUGGUCACUUUAAAAGCCAGGAUGACCAACUAUGGCUUACCUAGGUACCAGUGGCUUACUCAUGCUUGGAAUUUCUUUCAGAGGGAGUUUAAGUGCUGUGGAGUGGUGUACUUCACUGAUUGGCUGGAAAUGACAGAGAUGGACUGGCCUCCUGACUCCUGUUGUGUCAGAGAGUUCCCGGGAUGCUCCAAGCAGGCACAUCAUGAGGACCUUAGUGAUCUUUAUCAAGAGGGCUGUGGUAAAAAAAUGUACACUUUCCUGAGAGGAACGAAACAAUUGCAAGUGCUGCGAUUUCUAGGAAUCUCUAUUGGAGUUACACAGAUUCUGGCUAUGAUCCUCACUAUUACUUUACUGUGGGCUCUAUAUUAUGACAGAAGGGAUCCUGGGACAGAUCAAAUGAUGUCCUUGAAGAAUGACACCUCACAACACCUGUCAUGUCAUUCAGUAGAGCUGCUGAAACCCAGCCUGACAAGGAUCUUUGAAAAUACCUCCAUGGCAAACAGCUUUAACACACACUUUGAAAUGGAGGAAUUGUAGGUGAUACAAAUGAAUGUGUGAAAUCACAAAAUUAUGGGGCUCUUGUUUUGUUUUUCCCCUGUUCUAUCUCCUGCAUUUUUAAGUAUACCAUUCUGUUUCAGAAAAUGGCUAAUGAACAGAAAUAGAGAUACCUCCAUGGAAGGACAGUUGAUCAAAGAUCUGUCUCUCAGCUUCCUAGAGCUAUGAAACAAUUAUUUUGCAUAGAAAGCACCAUUUACUGGAUGCAGUGAUAUUUAUCCAUAAGAUGUACAGCAUAUAAGACACUGAUAUCUACACAAGUAGAUAGACACUACUAAAGACACUUUAAAAAAAGAAAGCAUCAUAGAAAGUAGAAAGAUAACUGUCUUCCAUAGAAAUGCCUAUAUUUGAGAGGCAAACAAAAUGGACUUUUGAACACAUUUCUACUAAACCAUUGGGAAAAUGUUCAGGGAUAUAUGUGGAUAUAAAUAUAUGGUUCUUUGUGUGUGUGUAUAUAUAGUAGCGCUACAAUUCAAGGAAAUGCUUGGGUUUAAAAAUUGCAACAUAUGUAAAAAGAGUAAAAUUUUCUUUUCUUUUUUAACAGCACCUUUAUUUUAGCUGUUUCAUUUAAAGAUAAUCUAAAAACCUCUAUUUUUAUCCUAAGAUGAUUGUUUAAUUUUUAAAUUGAAACACAUUAAACAGAGGUUUUAAAAACCAUGAAUAUGAUCAUUAUACUUUAUUAUUCUAAAUGUGACCUAAUUUGUAGAUAGUGUUUUUCAAAACAGUAUGUUCUUUGGACAGGAUUUAUUUAGUAAAAAUAAAACAUAUUUUCUUUCCAAACUAGGGAUCAGUAUGAGAGUAGCAAAUCUUUAUAGAUGGACCCCUCUUUCUCCUACUCCUCCUUUCUCCCCUCCAGAUAAAAAUGAAAGACUACAAGGAAAAAAAUGAUCUACUGGUUUAUUGUUCUGGAUGCAAUUGCAAUAAAUGUAAUGUAAGAGUAAAGGAGAAAUUUCACUCUAGCCUUUUCUUCAUUGAAAGUUCUCUGUUGACUCAAAUUGCCAAAUGGCAACAGAGUUACAAUCUAUUUAUUGAGGUGGGAAAAGUGCAUUUUACUGUAUUUUUAUGUAAAUGUUUAUUUCAUAGGAUUAUUUUUUACAGUCAGACAAGCUCUUGAAAAAUGUGUUUAUUCCAAUAGCAGUGCUUCGUGACAAGUGGGGUUUUUACACAGUAUUAAAAUUUUAAAGUUUUUUCCACUUGUUUGGGAACUGUGUAGAAAAACAAUAAGGUGCCCUAUGGCAGCCAAUAAAAUCACUACUGCCCAGAAUGUUGUAAUGGCUUCUUC